AAGACUCUUGAAAAUUGAUCAAAAAUUAACUUAUAAGAGACUGAGAGUAAUGUUUGAAAAUCCUAAAAUGAAAAAGAGUAAUUCAUAGUUCAAUUUAUAUAUUUUUUGCAACUCGUUCUCUGUGAUAAAACAGUUUGAGCUCCAGUCAUACAGAAAAAGUGCUGGGACCUGGCAUUAAAACCAAUGUAUCUGGGAUCAAAGGUAAUGAGCCCAGGAGAACAAUAUUAAUAAAUAAUGUCCCAUGUUGAAGAGGACCUGUCCAAAUACUGCACAUUGGCUAUUACUGAAGGAUCAUGUUAACAAGUGUUGUAGACAAGUAUAUGAUGCACAGGCAACAUUAUAACAGCAUCUGAAGUUAAUUAAAACACUGAAAACCACAAAUUAGUCAUGUGUCUUUAAAUUAAUUAAUUAAACUAUUAAACCUGUACCGACUAUCAAGAUAAAGAAUGUUUUUCACAGGAGCGUUGUCUUCUCUCUAUUCCUGAUUCAAGCAACACCCUGAAUGUGUGUGUUUUCUGUAACCCUUGAAAUAACAUACAGUAGUUUCAUAAGGUUGGUGUAACGCAGAAAUAUUAAGACACACACACACCCACACCCCCCAACACACACACACACACCUCUCACUGUUGUUAGACUGGUUUUCUUGAGCCCAGACGCUGCCACACCCUCUGCGGUGCACAGGUUCUCUCACUUCCACACAGGCCAGGUGCAGGGAGCACAGGAGGGGGGGGGAGGAGGCAGGGUCAUUAUCCCCCCCAUCAAGAGGGUGGAGCAAAGGGGGGUUGUGUGGAGGGGUGAAGGGAGCGGAUGAAACAUCUGAAGCUCAUAUUGACAUGCUGCUCUGACGGCUCCUGCCAGCACAGUCAUGGACGGUGUGUUGGAGGGAGCAGUGGUGUUGUGUGUAUUUAAACUGGCCUGCAGUCUUCUCUUCGUGCCCUCGCUGACCACAUCCUACAGCCAUGUCAGCUUCUGCUGCUGCUGCAUCCUGCUCUUCACCGACUUCCUGGCUGCAGUGUCUCUGAGUUUCCUUCGUGUCUUCGGGUCCUGGGUGACGGCCCCAGCCCCAGCGGGUGAUGUCAUUGCUCUGCGUUUCCUGCUGUUCCUCAGCCACACGUAUGGAGCCGUGCUGCUCCUGACCACACCUCUGAUCGCUGUGGAGACCCUGGGCAGACUGCUGUGGCCUCACUCCGUCGCCGUAGCUGCCAGGGCCAAGAGUCACACAGUGGACACUGAUGGAGAGCAUCGUUCUACUGGAGAGGUAGCCGAGGAGGAGGAGGAGGAGUGGGAGGAGAGGAACUGUUCGGACAAAGAUGAGGGAUGGUCCUGUGUCACCGGCUACCUCUGCUGCCUGUCAGUGUGGGUAGUCGUCGCCCUGAAUGUCAGGUGGCGAUGGAAGCUGCAGGAUGAGUGGGCAGCUGCCUGCUUGCACACAACCAACUCCCUCAUCAGAUGUUUACCCAACCUGUUCAGUCCCAUACCCAGUGCUGUGAGGCCCUGCUGGGCCAUGGCCUUCCUCUCCCUUCUCCUGCUGCUCCUGACAACAAGCCUGCACAUGCGACGCCUGAUCUCUGCACAUAUCCAGACGCAUCACACGAAACCCAGGCUCCACAAUAACAGGGACAGCGGCCGGCUAGGCCUCGUUCCAGUCCGCCCUGCGCCCACCAAGCCAGUGAACCGUGGGAUGUCGGCGUCAGAGUCGGCCAAGUGUGUUGACCCAGAGAAAACAGAGAGCAGAUGCACUGUUCACAGGGCAUAUUCCUGGAACAUUGAGCAGAUGUUGGCGCAUCACCAUGGAGACUUUGUCCUCAUCUCCCCCGGGGGUUUGUCUGCAGAGCGGGGAGGACAUGAGCUCGAGAGGACAAAGAGAGGUGUUCCUCUGACAUUUAUCACUGGGGGACAUGUGGACUCACAGCUCAGCAGUCAGCUUGGGUGGCAGGGGUGGGGUUUUCCCUGCCUGUGGGUGAAUGUAAUGAUAGGGUUCGUGGGUGUGCUCUCCAUCGUUGUGCUGCCUCUGAACCUCAGCGUGAACAUUUUUCUGAUCAGGACUGUAGAGACACUGCUGGAGCUGAGCGUCACAUCUUUGGUUUCAUCUGCAGCAAAUCCAAGCGGCACAUCAGCCUCUCCCAAUGAAGCGUUUGUACUGAGCCUUUCCAGUGGAAUACGACUAAUCCAGGGGCAAACAGUGUUUCUGAAAGUACUGAUCUGAGGUGUGCUGAUGCUGCAUCGCAUAAUCCCUGCAAGACGCAACCUAUAAAUAAAUACUGAGGGAUCUGAGGAUGAA